CAUGUUGGAUGGUUCAAUUGGCAAAUGUAAACAAAUCCCAUUGUGCAAUGAAAGAUAAGCUUUAUCUCAAGGGUUUGUUUCACCGAAUUCGGGCUUUAAUUGCCUUAAAUUGUAGCAUCAUCUUUGUUACAGAUGGAUCAAUUCCGGGCAUUAAAGUAUCGUCAUAUAGGAGGCGCUUGCAGUCGGACAAUGAGGGCACUAGAGAAGAACCUUUAUCAGACAAAACUACUUCACUUCAGAGGAAUAUGGGCUCUGAAUUCUCAUGUAUGAUAAAAGAGGCCAAGAUUCUUGGCUCGGCGUUAGGGGUUCCAUGUUUAGACGGAAUCGAGGAAGGUGAAGCUCAGUGCGCAUUAUUGGACUCCGAGUCAUUAUGUGAUGGAUGUUUCUCUUCAGACUCGGAUACCUUUCUCUUUGGAGCAACAACAGUGUACAGAGAUAUAUGCCUAGGAGAAGGUGGUUAUGUUGUUUGUUAUGAAAUGGCUGACAUUGAGAAGAAACUUGGAUUUGGAAGAAAUUCGUUGAUUGCACUAGCUGUCCUUCUUGGUAGUGAUUACUCAUCGGGUGUCCGUGGGGUUGGUCCAGAAUUGGCAUGCAAGAUUGUUAAAUCGUUGGGUGAAGCUGCAGUGCUUCAUAAACUUGCAUCAGAAGACUUGUCACUUUUAAAGAAGGCAAAUUGUUCCAAGAAAUGUAAUCAAGUAUGUGUGUUCAAUGAUAAAGAGAACAUCCCUCCUCAUGCAUCCAACAUUAAUGGACCUAAAGGUAAUUUAACAAGGAAUAAUCAGUUUCAGCAGGUGAUGGAUGCAUAUCUCAAACCGAAAUGCCAUUCCGCUGACUCUCAAAUGGUUCAGAGGGUUCUUGGUGUCCAUCCAUUUCAACGGAUCAUGCUUCAACGGACAUGUCAUCGAUAUUUUGAGUGGCCUGCGGAGAAAACAGAUGAGUAUAUUCUUCCAAAGAUUGCCGAAAGAGAAUUGAGACGAUUUGCAAACUUGCGAUUUGCUUCUUCUAACCUGGGAGUUCAGCUUCCUCUAGACAAGAUGCCAGUGAAAUGUCCGAUUUCUGAAAUAGUUAAGCGCAGACAAGCUCAGGGUAAAGAAUGCUUUGAAGUUUUGUGGGAGGACAUUGAUGGACUUGCUAGCUCUAUUGUACCAGGUGAUCUAGUCAAGAGUGCAUGUUUGGAAAAGAUAGUGGAAUUUGAAGAAAAUUUAGCUGAGAAAAAGAAGCCAAAACCACGAAAACCGAGACUAAAGAAAACUGAUAAUAACAAAUCUGUCGACAAAGUUGACCUAAAGCUCCAAGAACUAUUGCUUGAAAUUGAAGGUACAAGAUCUCAUAGUCAAAACUAUGGGUUACACGACACGCCACUGGUCAAGACAAGGCCAAACAACGAGGAAAUCUACCAGUUAAUUGAUGAGCCACUUGUCAGCACAAGGCCAAACAUUGAGGAAAACUAUCAGUUACUCGAUGGACCACUCGAUGUACCAUUGUUCACUCAAAUCAAUCACAUAGAGAAAAACUAUCAGUUACUCGAUGAGCCAAUGGGCAACAUGAGGUCAGACCAUGAGAAAGUUAAAAUGACAGAAAAGCCUGCAGACAGUUGUGAUAUUGAGCCAAAGAUUGUGAAUCUAUCAACGCCUUUGACAAUGAAAGGAAAUAGAAUAGUUGAUACAGAGAUAGUUGAUCUUUUAAGCCCGCUUUCACUUGAUUGUCUAUCAAAACAUCAUCAAAAUGAUGCUGAUGUGAUUGAUUUGAGUGAAUCAGACAUGGACGUGUCGCCUGAACAUGCGAAAAAGGCCAAAGAACUUAGAUUAUUUGUAGCUAAAAUCAAGGGCGAAUGGUCUUGAUGUUCAUUUAUUAGUAACUAAGCUUACUUUAACUAAUUGUUGGACACUACUACUAACUGAUUUUGAGAUUAUAAAUAAUCUAUUCGGUUUGGUUCUAAAAC